AUGUCUCUCAUCCAAUUGUAUAUUCCUGUGGAAGUCUCUCAACAUUGUGUUUCUGAAUUGGGUGAACUUGGCAAGGUUCAAUUUAGAGAUCUCAAUCCUGAUACGAAUGCCUUUCAAAGGUCUUUUGUGUCAGAAAUAAGACGGUUUGACGAAAUGGAACGCCAAUGUAGAUUUUUCAAGACUCAAACGGAAAAAGCAGAUAUUCCAACUCGCUCUUUAACUACCUCUGGUUCAUUAUCUCGUGCUCGUUCUGCUCAAGAAAUUGAUGAUUUGGAAGAAAAAUUACGUCAACAUGAAGCUCGUAUCACUGAAAUGAAUACUUCUUAUGAAACACUUCAACGUCGUUACCUUCAACUUACUGAACUUCGUCAUGUAUUACGUGAUACUGGUAUCUUUUUCCAACAAGCUUCCAGACAUGAUAUUCCUGGUGCAAAUGAAGAAGCUGAAGAUACUGCUGCUCUUUUGGAUAAUGAUGUGGAACAACAAGCUUAUAAUGAAACAUCUCAGGUCAAUCUUGGUUAUAUCACUGGUGUUAUUCCUCGUACACGUAUCCAAACCUUUGAACGCGUCCUUUGGCGUUCUCUUCGUGGAAAUUUGUAUAUGAACACUGCUGAAAUUGAUGAAGCGAUUGUGGAUCCUGAUUCUGAUGCUGUGGUGGAAAAAAAUGUAUUUGCUAUCUUUGCUCAUGGUCGUGAAAUUGUAUCAAAAAUCAAAAAGAUCUCUGAAAGUUUGGGUGCUACUCUUUAUAGUAUUGAUGAAUCCGCUGACAAACGUCGUGAUGCCUUAUUGGAUGUGACUUCCCGUAUUGAAGAUCUCACUACUGUCUUGACUAAUACCAACCAAACUCGACGAUCCGAAUUAUUAGAUAUUGCUGAAAAUUUGGAUGCUUGGACUACUAUUGUGCGCAAAGAAAAAGCUGUAUACCAUACUAUGAACUUGUUUGAUUAUGAUAUUGGCCGCAAAUGUUUGGUUGCUGAAGGUUGGUGUGCUACCAAUGAUAUUCCCCUAGUUCAACAUGCCCUCAAGGAAGCCACGGAAGCAUCUGGCACUAAUUUACCUUCAAUCUUGACUGAAUUACGUACCAAAAAAACACCUCCUACAUAUCAUCGUACCAACAAAUUUACCCAAGGUUUCCAACAUAUUAUUGACGCUUAUGGUAUGGCUCGUUAUCGUGAAGUGAAUCCUGGCCUUUUCACGAUUAUAUCCUUCCCAUUCUUGUUUGCUGUUAUGUUUGGUGAUAUCGGUCAUGGCUUUUUGAUGUUGUUGUUUGCUCUUUAUUUGGUAUUGAAUGAAAAGAAAUUGGUUCACAACAAUGAUGAAAUCUUCCAAAUGUUUUUCAGUGGAAGAUAUAUGAUGUUGAUGAUGGCUAUCUUCUCUAUCUUUACUGGUGCUAUUUACAAUGAUAUUUUCUCCUUGUCUCUUAACGUCUUUGAACCUGGUUUUGAUUGGCCAACAAAUUAUAAUUCUACUGAUGCGGUGGAAGCUAUUCCCAAUGGUAAAACCUAUGCCUUUGGUUUUGAUCCCUCAUGGCAUGGUUCCGAAAACUUUUUACUUUUCUCCAAUUCUUAUAAAAUGAAACAAGCUAUUAUCUUGGGUGUCAUCCAUAUGUCCUUUGCUAUCUGCUUGAACGUAUUCAAUCAUAUUAACUUUGGAAAGAAGAUUUUCAUUUGGCUUGAAUUCUUACCACAAAUCCUCUUUAUGGAAUCCAUCUUUGGUUAUUUGAUCUUUUGUAUCAUGUAUAAAUGGAGUGUCAACUGGUGGGAAUUGGAUAGCGAUGGCAAUCAUAUUCAUAAUGCUCCUCCCAAUCUUCUCAAUAUGUUAAUCUAUAUGUUCUUAACGCCUGGAAAAGUCAAUCCCGAAGAACAAUUAUUCCCUGGCCAAGGUCCUCUUCAAGGUGUAUUGAUUAUUAUAGCUCUUAUUUGUGUUCCUUGGAUGUGGUUUGCCAAACCUUAUUAUUUGAAGAUGCAACACAGUAAACAUCAAUAUGAACGAAUUGCUGACGAUGAACAUGUUGCUGAUGAUGAAGCUCGCCUUGGUGGUUCAUCUACUGAAAUAGUGAACGAUGAUGAUGAUGGUGAUGAAGAAGAGUUCGAUUUCAGUGAAGAAAUGAUUCAUCAAACUAUUCAUACCAUCGAAUUCUGUUUGAAUUGUAUCUCAAAUACUGCAUCUUACCUUCGUCUUUGGGCCUUAUCUCUUGCUCACGCUCAAUUAUCAAGUGUUUUAUGGGAUAUGACACUCAAGAUCUGGUUUGGAUUUACUGGACCAUUGGCUGUUGUUGGGCUCGUUAUUGGAUUCGCAAUGUGGUUCACUUUGACAUGCUUUAUUUUGAUUGGUAUGGAAGGAUUAUCUGCUUUCCUUCAUGCUCUUCGUCUUCACUGGGUAGAAUUUGAUGGGAAGUUCUAUAUGGGGGAUGGUGUUCCCUUUGAACCUUUUUCGUUUAGUACAAUGUUAGAAAUCAAAUCUGAAUAA